GCUCCGCGAGCAUGGGGGAGAGGUACGCGGCGCUGCAGCGGGGGCAGAUCCACCUGGACUACAUCCAGACCAACAGCACAACUCACAGCUUCCUUUUUGGAGCCCUUGCUGAAUUACUUGACAAUGCAAGAGAUGCAGGGGCUACAAGACUUGACGUGUUUUCAGUGGAUAAUGAAAAACUACAGGGUGGAUUUAUGUUGUGCUUCCUUGAUGAUGGAUACGGAAUGAGUCCUGAGGAAGCUUCAGAUGUCAUUUUCUUUGGAAAGUCUAAGAAGCGGAUAGCUGCUUCAAGGUUCAUUGGACAUUAUGGCAACGGUCUUAAAAGUGGAUCCAUGAGGAUAGGGAAAGACUUCAUUCUUUUUACCAAGAAAGAAGAGACAAUGACCUGCAUUUUUUUAUCUCAGACUUUUUGUGAAAGUGAAGGUCUCAGUGAGGUAGUAGUUCCCAUACCCUCGUGGUCUUCAAGAACCAAAGAAUCUAUCACAGACCCCAAGAAAUUCUCUGAGGAACUAUCUGUAAUUCAUAAAUAUUCUCCCUUUAAAACGGAGGUUGAAUUAAUGCAGCAGUUUGACAAGAUCUAUAGAAAAUCUGGCACUUUGGUGGUUAUAUAUAACUUGAAAUUAAUGCUCAAUGGAGAACCGGAACUGGACAUUAAAACCAGCAAAGAAGAUAUUCUGAUAGCUGGGGUUUUUGAAGAUCUCCCAGAACGAUGGUCAUUCAGAGCCUACACAUCUGUGUUGUAUUUUGACCCUCGGAUGAGGAUAUUCAUCCAGACAAAAAGAGUUCAAACCAAGCACCUGUCUUACUGCCUCUACAGACCUAGAAAGUAUCUUUAUGUCACGUCUUCUUUCAAAGGAGCAUCAAAAAAUGAAGUAAAAAAGGCAGAGGUGGCAGUAAAAAUUGCUGAACAAAUGGUAAAAGAAGCACAAUUCAAAAUAAACAAAUCCAUCCGAACUGGUUUGCCUUCUGCCAAGGAUAUGUUAAAGAAAGCUUUGGAAGAUGCAGAAGUAAAGCAGAAGAUGCUUAAGGAGAAAGAAAAAGAACUGAGAAAACCCAAGAAGCUUUAUCUGAUCUUUGGAAUGAACAUAGAAAACAGAAGCCAAGAUGGAAUGUUCAUUUACAGUAAUAGCCGCCUGAUAAAAAUGCAUGAGAAAGUGGGGCCACAAUUGAGGCCUGGGUCUUUGCUUGGUGCUGGUGUGGUUGGAAUUGUUAAUAUACCCUUGGAAGUCAUGGAACCAUCUCAUAAUAAACAAGGAUUCCUCAAUAUCAAAGAAUAUAACCACCUACUUAAAGUCAUGGGGCUUUAUUUGGUACAGUACUGGAAGGACACAGGAUUCAGUAAUAGAAAUCCGAUGCUCUUCUGGAAUGAAUUUGGGUACCAGAGUAACAAGUGGUUGGAGAAGCCUUUAAAUUCUACUCGGUACAGAAGAAGACAAGCCAGUGAAAUCCCGUUCAUCAUUCAAUGUGAUCUUUGCCUUAAAUGGAGAGUUUUACCUUCUGAUGAUGAUUAUAAGAAGAGAGAAAAUCUUGGCAAUUGGACUUGUACUGAUAAUCCAAACCUCUUGGAAAACAGCUGUCAUAGGCCAGAACAACUCCCUUCUUUCCCCCUGGGCACCAUGAAACAAGUAUCCGCCCCAGAAAAUGAGAAAGAGAAACAACUCAGGGAUUCGGUGCAAAGAUAUCAGAAUAAAUUGGCAGAACAGCAGUCAUGGAACUCUCACCCUGUGCCAGCAAGUAAGACCACAGAAUUCCUCCCCAGCUCUCAAGCUUCAGCUCCAAAGGAAUAUGCAAAAUCCAGGGCAGUGCCUCAAAGAGACUCUUCAGAAGGAGAUACCUGCUCAUCCUCAGUGGAUUGGAGCAGCCAUUUGAGCCAGAAAAGGAGGAGGUCAAGGUCAGGCUCAACCUCAAGUCAUGUUUUGGAGGGUAAAAUUCCAGAAACAACUGUGAGGAAGAAAUUGAAAGUGAAGCAGUCAAGAAGACAUUUGGAAUAUACCAAGACCAAUGGGAACUCCCAGGUAUCUUCUUGGGAAGCAGAAAGGAAGCCCCAUCAGGGUUUUGUGGAAGACUCUAAAAUUAUAAUUGAAGAUGAAGAUAGCAGCAGUGACCCAGAUUUAAUUAUGUUUGCAGAUGAAAGCGAUGCUGUCGUGACCCUGAAACAUGGAAAGGAGGAGUCUACGAUGAACAAAGGGUUAGUCUCAGUGGAAGAUAAACUGAAACCGUGUGCUGAUACUCCAAAAAUAAAACGAAACUCUUCACCACUUAACUUGGAAAGUCUAUCAACAGAUGAUUUAAGUCCAUACCCAUGGAAGAAAGAAGAAGGGUUUAUGAAGGAAGAUUUUGCUGUUUCUUUGGUAAAGCCUCCUCAAAGCACCUGUGUCAAGGAAACAGUAGAAAAACUAAUGGCUCAAUUAAGAGAGAUUCUUCUUUAUUUCCAUCCUCACUGUAAGCUCUCUAAGGACUUUGACUGCAAGUCUAUGGAGGAACUCAUGGCAAUGUGUGAGCUGGAGAAUUGCCCCGAGAAGCUAAACAAAAAACUGCAAAUGUGUUGCAACCAGAUCUGGAGUGUUUACAUGGUUCAGUAUGAAAAGAAAGUAAGAUGGAAAAUGAAGUCCAUAACUCAGCAGGCAAACAAGACAGCAAUGAAUAAUGAAGCUCAUCAUAAACAAUGUGAAAAACAAAUAAAAAUUACUGAAAAUAAACUGAAAAGCCUCCGGGCAAAUGUGGCAACAUUGCUGAGUAACUGGAAUCUGAAUACUCCAGAUGACUUCGAACACAUUGACAGUUACAUAGAAGCUUUGCUGAAUGAAGAAAAUCUUUUUCUACUUGACACUUUAAAACUACUAAGAAGAAAGUCAGGAGAGGCUGUCCCUACCUGUGAAGAGUAAAAUAAAGUGCUUUA